GAGCCAAGUAAUAAGCGGGUUCGGCCUUUAUCACGGGUCACAUCCCUGGCGAACUUGAUCUCUCCUGUAAGAAAUGGUGCAGUUCGGCGCUUUGGGCAGACAAUACAGUCAUUUGCCCUACGUGGUGACAGCAAGUCUCCUGUCUGCACCCAGAAGUCAUGUAGCAGAUCUGCUGCUCCUACUCCUCCGAAAAGAAGAAACAGUGUCCUUUGGUCAGAGAUGUUAGAUGUCAACAUGAAAGAGUCCCUGAGCACCAAAGAAAUUAAGCGCCAGGAGGCGAUAUACGAAAUGUCCAGGGGAGAGCAGGACCUAAUCGAAGACCUGAAGCUUGCCAGAAAGGCCUACCAUGACCCCAUGCUGAAACUCUCCAUCAUGUCUGAGGAGGAACUCACCCACAUAUUUGGGGACUUGGAUUCUUAUAUUCCUCUGCAUGAAGACUUGUUGGCAAGUUUAGGAGAAGCAACAAAGCCAGACGGAACAGUAGAGCAGAUCGGGCCCAUUCUUGUGAAGUGGUUACCGCGACUCCACGCCUACAAAGGUUACUGUAGCAAUCAGCUGGCAGCCAAAGCGCUUCUGGAUCAGAAGAAGCAGGACCGGAGAGUGCAGGACUUCCUCCAGCGCUGCCUUGAGUCGCCUUUCAGCCGCAAGCUAGACCUCUGGAGCUUCUUGGACAUUCCUCGAAGUCGGCUGGUGAAAUACCCGCUGCUCCUGAAAGAGAUCCUGAGGCACACUCCCAAAGACCAUCCCGAUAUCCAGAUUCUGGAAGAAGCCAUAUCUAUAAUCCAGGGAGUCCUGUCCGACAUCAACCUGAAGAAGGGCGAGUCGGAGUGCCAGUAUUACAUCGACAAGCUGGAGUACCUGGAUGAGAAGCAGAAGGACCCAAGGAUUGAAGGCAGCAAAGCUUUGUUGUGCCACGGGGAGCUGAAGAACAAAAACGGACACAAACUCUACGUCUUCCUCUUCCAAGACAUCCUGGUUUUGACCCGGCCCGUCACUCGCAAUGAGAGUCCCGUCACUCGCAAUGAGCGUCAGGCCUACCAAGUGUACAGGCAGCCCAUCCCUGUCCAGGAGCUGCUCCUCGAAGACCUGCAGGACGGCGACGUGAAAAUGGGAGGAUCCUUCCGAGGAGCUUUCGGCAAUUCCGACAAAGCUAAAAAUAUCUUCCGAGUUCGUUUCCAAGAUCCCUCCCUGGGCCAGUCCCACACGCUUCAGGCCAACGACGUCUUCCACAAGCAGCAGUGGGUGAAUUGCAUCCGAACCGCCGUGGCUCCCUUCCAGCGGACUGCGCCCGCCGCCGAGCUGCAGGAGCUGCCCGAGCUGAGCGAAGAGUCGGAGGAGAACAACCCCGCCGCGCCCAACGUCCCGGCCCAGAAGAGGCAGUCGCUCGCGUCUGGCGUCACCGAGAUGGAGCUGGACGAAAACACGUCCGAGUGCAGUUCUGUCCUGGACUCGGAUGAGGGGAAGGGUCCGAAAGCUCACAGGACGUCGUCCGGGCACAGGAAAACGCGGGAGAAGCAGCUGAGCAGCAAACGGAAAGAAACGCUCGUGUGAAGAGCCCGGCACCGAUCCCGGUGAAAGACUGUUUAUUUAUAAAUAACGUGUACAUUUUUCUGUGUAAUGUGAGCAUGAUUUGGAUCCACUCUGCUGAACAGAAUGUUUUUCUGGUGUUUUUUUUUUCAUUUUUUUUCAUCUUGUAAUGGCAGCUACUGGUAACAGUUAACGCUGUUGAGCUGGAGUCUGUUUUUACAAA